AUGAAGGAUCCUGGGAGCUUUCAAAUCCCAUGCAUCAUAGGAGACAUUAGCAUUGAGAAGGCAUUAUGUGAUCUGGGAGCUAGCAUCAACCUUGUGUCCUUGGCCAUGAUGAAGAGAAUGAGAAUUGAAGAAGUCAAGCCAACAAGAAUGGCACUUCAACUAGCAGAUAGAACAUUCAAGUUCCCCCAUGGAGUAGUGGAAGACUUGUUGGUUAAGGUGGGAGAAUUCAUCUUUCCAGCAGAUUUUGUAGUGCUUGAUAUGGAAGAAGAGGCCAAUGCAUCAAUCAUACUAGGGAGGCCAUUUUUGGCAACAGCUGGAGCUAUAAUUGAUGUACAAAAGGGAGAAUCGGUUCUUAGGCUUCAUGAAGAAAAGAUAGUAUUCAAUGUUUUCACCGCUAUGAGUUACCCCCAAAGAGUGCAUUGGAGAGUGUAUGAUGGUGGAUACUAUGGAGACACUAGUCCAAGGAGUUCUGGAAGAAGACAAGCUUGA